GGCGGCGAUGGGCGGGCGGGUGACCCGCGUGUUCCGGAAUUUCAAUGUGGAGAACCGAGCCAGCCGCGAGAUCAGCAAGGAGAAGCCCACGCCCGCGCCGCGGCACCGCACGGCCCGGCUGGACGCCAUGGCCGAUAGCCCAGAGAUAAAAGAAGAAGUUUUCAGAAAGGACGAUAGGUUCCUCACCUUGCUCAAAGACGUUUAUGUCGAGUCCAGAGACCCACCAGUGCGGGUAAAAGAUGGAGGUGGUGAACAUCUUCCAAGUAAACAGGAGGAAAAGAGACUUACAAAAUUAGGCCACCUGGAAGGUCUAGAUGUCAAAAAAGUUCCCAAAGGCAAAAUAUCCAUUGUGGAGGCUCUGACACUUCUUAAUAAUCAUAAACUUCAACCUCAAGUAUGGACUGCAGAGAAAAUAGCAGCGGAAUACAGUCUGGAACUGAAGGAGGUCAACUCUCUUCUGGAAUUCUUCAUUCCUUUCGCUGUGCAGGAAUUUCGUAAAGAAACCAAAAAAGCUAUAACAAGCCAUAAACCAAAACAGUUAACAUAAAAAUAUUUGCCAAAACCUUUUGUGAUCUCACUCGUGUCUUCAUUUUACUCUCAAGUAUAUUCCAUGUCUGAAAAUUCAGUUGAUAAGGUGUCAUCCAGCAAGGCUACUUCCUUGUGCCAGUGAAUGUAUUCAAGCAAUUCCAUUCUCCAUUGGAUGGCUUCAUUGAAAUGCAGCAACUACAGUUUGUAAACCAGAAUGUGACUAAUUCAUGGAAUGACAGCAUGUCACACAGUUCUGACUACCCCAUUCAAAUGUUAUGAACUCAGUUAAAGCAUUUUACUGUAAGAAUUUUACUUUAAGAGAUUGCCUUUCUCAGCAGAGACUUCUUGGCCUGCAGCUAAAGAGGUGCUCUGUGGGCGUUGGCUCUGUAAUUUCAUGUUGCACUGCUUUUUCAAGGAAUUGCUGUCAAGGUGUGUGUAUAUAACAAACAGCUGUGUUUCUUUUGUGUAAGAAUUGAAUGGUAUUUAUACUUUGUAAAGAAGGUUAACCACAAGGAAAAUUCAGCUGUGUCAAACAUAAAAUAAAAAGAAAGUGAAUAGCAA